GGCGUUGCAAGUAACUUUCAGAAGAGCGAAAGGCGCCAUGGUGCACGAGCAGCUUUAUGCGGGCGUUCUUGUCGCGUUUGCGGCCGUGCUUAUGCUCCUGCAGCAGUUUCGUCGAAAGUCAAGCUUGAAGAAGUUGCCACCUGGGCCAUUAAACUUGCCUGUUGUCGGCUCUUCCUAUAUCGUUGGAAGGUACCCGAACGCGUGGGAUGCGUUUAGCGACCUGCGCCGGCGCUACGGCGACGUGUACUCAAUCAAUCUCGGUUCAAGACGAUGCCUGGUAGUCAGCUCCAUCGACGCACUUCGUGAAGUCUUGGUCACAAAGGCGAGCGACUUCGCUGACAGGCCGGAUUCCCUUCGUUAUCAUGCGAUAUUUAAGGACAACCGGAACCUCUCUAUAGCGUUAUGCGACUGGUCUUCGAAGCAGCGAACGAGACGGGAACUUUGUUACCCAGUCAUGCAUCCGAAGCAAGCGUCCGCAGAACAGUCGCGGCUGAGUAAUUGUAUCGAAACUGAACUGGGCCACCUGACUGCCGAGCUUUCCCGGACCACUGGCACACCCAUAAAGCCUCGACAAGCACUCCUGGUCACCACUGCAAACAUCUUCUACACGUUCUUCUGCAGCGAGCGCUUCACUCCUGAUGACCCGAAGUUCUUGCGCAUAGUGGACCUUUACAAUGAAGUGUUUCAUCAGCUCUUCCAGGGAUUCGCCAUUGAUUUCAUGCCUUGGUUAAAGGUGUUGCAAGGCAAACAGCUAUGUCUUCUCAAGGAGAAGUCCAUGGAAAUCUACCGCUUCACCUUGGCCAUCAUGGACAGGCGGGAAAAGGUCAUUGCCAGUGGAAUCGGUGCUGAACUGGAUCAGGCGCGCGACCUCAUGGAUGUAUUGCUGCUUUCACUCAAGGGUCCAAGCGCCGAAGGCCAGCUGGACAAGAUCGACGUCGCCGUCGUGAUAGAGGACCUCAUCGGUGGCCACUCGGUCAUCGCCAACCUCUGGGUCUGGUGUCUCUACAUUCUGAGUGACUACCCGGACGUUCAAAGCAGGAUAAGGGAGGAAACCAGGGCGAUAGCCUCAUCCGAGAGCGGACUGCCUUCCCUUUUGGAUCGGAGCCGCAUGUGCUACACCGAGGCCACGCUGUACGAGGUCAUGAGGGUUGUAAACUCGCCCAUCAUCCCGCAUGUCUGCAGCAGUGAUACCACGGUCCAGGGUUUCCACGUGAACCGGGGCACCGUCGUAAUGUUCAAUACGAACGACAUGAACUAUUCUUCGGACCUUUGGGAGAAGCCAUGGGUCUUCAACCCUGAAAGGUUCCUCAGCGAUGACGGCCAUUACGUCCUCAAGCCGGGCCACUUCUUUCCUUUCGGCACCGGCAAGCGCUCCUGCAUGGGCGACGGCCUCGUUCGCGCCACGCUGAUACUCGGCAUGGCGACGCUGCUCGGACACUUCGAGCUCUCGCUGGCCCCAGGCCAGGAGCCCGCGCGCUUCGCAGACUUCCGCAGCAAGGUCAUUUUCGACCGCGAUCCCGAGAUCGUCUUCACGGAGGUCGCUGCACGCACGCAGUUUCCGUAGUAUAUACGGUGGGUGCGUUAGGGCUGCUCGAAUGAGCACGUGCACGGGCCAAUCCCGCAGCUGUCUCAUCGCUAUUCAUCUCAUCGCCAUUCACGCAUCAUUGGCGCUUCAUCCACUGCAGUUUCCUCCAGGCUUGUUUUAGUGUACUGGUACAGCAAUGCUCGCGGCGUUUUCGCUUUCACGGAAUUCGCCGGGAGUCUGCGCACAGAGUACACGCCUGAGGAGGCCGGCAACGUCGGUAUGUCACUGACGGUGACAUGUAGACAUAGGUCCCUAGAGAACUGAGCCUCCUUCCUAGCUUCUAAUGUAAUUCUGUGCGCCAUUUUCUGGCAUUUUGGAACGUGCAUAUAUAGGCCUCCCACUGCGAACGGUCGAAUCGCAGUAUAUUCCGCGGUGUGCGCGACGAGAACCGCGUCGCGUCGAACAGAGUGCCAUGACAUCACGUUCCUGAGCGGAUCGUCUCGAAUCGGCAGCCUCUAAUCAGUACAGCUGGUACUAACCCCAUCAGUAUUCAUGCUUCUUCGCUGGAGUAAUCUCUCGGGGCAGCGGCUCAGGCAAGGGGGAAGUUCGGUGCUUGGUCUGAGCACGCAAAGGCGAUUUCGUUAUCGCUUGAAUGUACGGCCGCGCGGCAGCGCGGUCGCGCGCAAUCGAAACCCGGCCUCAACGCGGCUUCGUGCUCCCGUGCCACCCGUGGGCGUCGCUGCCCCAGCGAACUCCUUUUUUUUUUUCCUAACUCGCAUUCAUAUACUGUCCAUAUUCUAUUCAGCGUGUCACCACAUCCUUAUGCGACAACUUCGUCACUAUUGGCACUGGGUCAGGCUGUCAAAAGGUUCAACGCCUUGCUCACCGUUGUCUGCUGGUCAGUCGUGCAAUUUUCGUGGAACCGCUGUCAUCAGCGUCGACUGAAUUAUCCCAGCACCCGCAAAUGCAGUUAUUUGAGCCGCCAAGUCAAACAUGUGAAGCAGCGAGUCUCCUCUGGAAAAGAGGCCAGUUGCCAAUUCGAGCCACUCGACCAGUGUUCUAGACGCUGUGCUCGAGGACUUGAGAGAUUCAACUGCAGACCAAAGUUUUGGUGUAUCGUACGCGUCUCAGCUCGAUGGGGCCGCUUAGUACACUCCGCAUCAGCGUCCCCGCUGUUCACCGUCACGUCCAUAUGCCAUGCGCGCCCUCACAACACAUCCUGACCCGACGACUGGAGCGUGGGCGUCCAGCCGCCGCAGCCAGAGGUGCCCGCGUGUGGUGCGGUGAGCGCGUAGCUGCUGCUGGGGUUGGGGACGUGCGCGCGUCUAAACAACGCGUGAGCCAAACCGCGGCCGAAACCUUCGAGCGUACGUUCGCCACUGCGACUCAACGGUCCGAGCUCUGGGCGUUCCUCUUGUCCUGAACCUUUGGAUGCGCGCGCAUGGAC